ACCGCUAUGAGAACACAUUCCAAGCAGUGCAGCUCUCUCUGUAAGGGACAAUGAGGGGUGGGACAAAACGGUAUACUAUUAAAAAAAAUAUGUAAACUUGCCUUGAGAUCGGGACUAAAGACAACAACAAAAACGCGUUCUUACUUAAUGGAGGAGGACCUGCUGGGAGGCUUUACUUGGGACGCGGAAGAAGUCUGGUCUGGGUCCAAACGGACGACGAUGGUUCGAGUUGAAGGUUUAUCAGCGCAGAUUUGGACCGAGAUGAGAUAGGCUACAGCCCCGCUGUUUGUCGACCUCCUGCUGAAAGUCUGCUGUGACUACUAACAUUAGAUAUACAUUUUUACUUCUUAUCACACUUUGGGACCACUUUAUAUCAAACGAGACAGCAGUUUCGAGUUUUUUGAGUGAGGAGGAAAACUACGGGGGAACUUUUUCCUUAAAACGGUGGUUUGUUGGUCGUAACCGAAGCAGGAAAAGAUGUGAGCCCUCUGUGGAUGAAAACAUCUGCUGCUGAGCUGUUUAGACGACAAGCAAGACGAUUUAGCCCAUUCCUGAAAUGAAGCCAGCAGUGUUUUAACUUCAUUUUUUUCUACCUUUACUCGAAAUACUUCGGCAUUGGAGGGAAGCUUCUAGCUAACUUUGAUAUGGGAGACGUGCGGCGUUUGCGUUGGUCACGGUAAAAGGCGAGCAGAAAACAGAGAUGGGAAACUCUACCCUGUGCUCACUGGUGAUUGUUGGGGUGCUUUUGUGGAUCUCUGCUGUCCAUGCAGAGUCUGAAGAUGAUGAGAAGCUGCUGUGUACAUGUGAGAAUGAAAAGGGCACAUGCAAGAAUGGAACUUGCAAAGGGGACUUCUGCUUCUACUCCUGGGUGCAAGGCUAUGAGGAGAGGGGCUGCUUCUCCAGAAAAAACAGCAAUGAGAACUGCAAAACUGCCUUUAGGGGCUUCUUUAUCAAGUGCUGCCAGAAGAAUUACUGCAAUGCUCUCACGACAGCACCUUCAGACGUCAAUGGAGAAACAACAACACCGCCUCCAGAUGUCAGUCGUCCCGAGCUGUGGAUCACUGUGUCUCUGCUGCUUUUAAUCACGGCUGCCAGUGUGUGUGGCUUGCUGCUUUUCCUGCGCUUCAGACACACACACUGCAGACUGAAAAAUGCUGAAGACCAUGAUGCCACCAUGCUUAAGGUCCCCAAUGGAGAAGACCCCACAUACGGUGAAAUCUUUGAUGAGUUUUGCACAUCAGGGAGUGGGACAGGGCUGCCAUAUCUGGUCCAGAGGACUAUGGCCAGGCAAAUCUCACUCGUUGAGUGUGUUGGUAAAGGCAGGUAUGGAGAAGUAUGGAGGGGAACUUGGAUGGGGGAGAGUGUGGCUGUCAAGAUCUUCUCCUCACGGGACGAGCAGUCUUGGUUCAGAGAGACAGAGAUAUACAACACUGUACAGCUAAGGCAUGACAACAUACUGGGUUUUAUUGCCUCUGACAUGACAUCCAAGAAUUCCAGCACCCAGCUGUGGCUCGUCACCCACUUCCAUGAGCUGGGCUCGCUCUACGACUUCCUGCAGUACAGCAGCCUGGAGCCCGAGAGCUGCCUGAGGAUGUGUCUGUCUGUGGCCUGUGGCUUAGUUCAUCUCCACACCGAGAUUGUCAGCUCCCAGGAAAAGCCCGCUAUAGCCCACAGAGACCUGAAAAGCAGAAACAUCCUGGUGAAGCGCAACGGGCAGUGCUGCAUCGCAGACCUAGGUUUAGCCGUUAUACACUCCCAGUCCCAUGACUACCUUGAUGUGGGCAACAACCCUCGGGUGGGAACCAAGCGCUACAUGGCCCCUGAGGUGCUGGACGAGACCAUACGUAUGGAUGUCUUUGAGUCCUACAAGCAAACUGACAUCUGGGCUCUGGGCCUGGUCUUUUGGGAAAUAACCCGUCGGACCAUUGUUAAUGGGAUUGUGGAAGAAUACCGUCCUCCAUUCUUUGACCUGGUGCCCUUAGACCCCAGCUUUGAGGAGAUGAAGAAGGUGUUGUGUGUGGACCAGCAGAGGCCCUGUCUGCACAACCGGCUCCAUUCCCACCCUAUCAUGUCUGCCAUUGUGAAGAUCAUGAAGGAGUGUUGGUACCAGAGCCCAUCAGCCCGCCUCACAGCCCUGCGGGUAAGGAAGACCCUCUCCAAACUGGACAACGAAAGUGACUUCUGCAUUGAGAAACUCAAGCGGGACGUCUAGAGUUGAAAACCAGGACAAAAAAGGGACAGGAAAAAAGGCCAGAAGGGAUAAUUCAGCACAUACCAACCGCUCAAGGUGCAUAUCAUUAGCAUAUUUUCAGAUAAUGACUCACACAAUCACCGGAUUAGAUUAGAACCAUAUGACUCUGGGCAGUAGCGUCUAGACUGGCUCACACCUGAGGCUAUGAUUUUGAGCCUAAUUUUGCAGCUGCAGUUUAUUAAGUGCCUCGAGCCAGGGGGUCCCAUAAAUGAGAACAUAAAGAUCUAAUAUUUCACACAUUUCUGUCAUGGUUAUUUUCACCUAAUAAAGAUUUCAUACACGUCCUUGACAGAAUUAUUACAAUCUGUAGACUGCUCUGCAAACAGCUAAUUCUCCCAGGGAAAACCUUGCAGAACAAAACAAGCAGUAAAAUUGCACUUGGGGGGUUUUACCACAUUGACCAAAGACAGACUUUUUUUACGCAACAUUCAUAAACUAUGUAAUUCAUACCAUGCUCAUUAUAUCAAAGCACAUUAUCUGUUGUGUCGGCAUUAUUCACUCAUAUAGAAUGGGCCUUUCUUAUCUGCACACAGAUACACUGAGCUAUUUAGUUGUACAUAUUAUAAGCAUUUAAGUUUUGUAUUGUCUCAGCAAUGGGUUUAAUGUAAAUAUAUUUCAAAGUGGGGUUUAUUUCUAUUACUCAAAAAGACAUUUUUUGUACACUUAAGUCACAUAUUGUCAAAUUAUUUUUUAUUCUUAUUUUUAUAGGCCUAAAAUGUACUAUCACUCUGAGUAUGCUAACCAAAGGAAUUCACAAAAAUACAUAUGAUACUGUAUGUAUUGAAUAAAAUAAUGUGUUUUUCA